AUUUUACAUGGCUCCCGAUCGCCCCUUACCCAUCUCCGAGGCGUGGGCAAGCCCCGAUGCCUACAUUGAGGCCCUUCUAUCCUUCUCCACCACAUCGGUGCUCUUCAUGAAUUUGUGCGGUGGCGUCCACAUGGUUGACUUUUUGACCCGCGAGCCCGAUUUGUAUACAACAAUACUGCCAGAAGAUUGGAGAUCGUUUUUUGAACAGCAUGAUACUCAAGAUAUCAUUCAGCUGCUUUUAAGAGAGGAUAUUGAGCCCUUACGAGGCGCCGGCGAGUCCUUUGUAGAUCAAAGCAGCCGUACUUGGAAUGGAGCAGCAUUCCCUCCCCAGAGCCUUUUAGACUACAUUUUCAACAUUCGCCGUCUGGCGCUCAAACGAGAAAUAUGCACUUCAUCAUCGAAGACUAUCGAAUUACCAAAGCAAGUUGCUAUGCAUAUGAACCGAAAAAAAGUACACGAGGUUGAAUGCCUUUCUCAAUACGUCGCAUCCCUAUCAAAAACUGUCAACGAGCGCCGAGGGGAAGAAGUCACUCACAUUGUCGAUUUCGGAUCUGGACAGAACUACCUUGGACGGACGCUGGCCAGUCCGCCGUACGACAAGCAUAUCAUCGCGAUUGAGCGCAAGCAUCAGUACAUCAGCGGUGCCAAAAACAUGGAUGUUCGAGCCAAAUUGGCAAAGGACCCGAAGGCUCGAUCUUCUCACAAGAACAAACUUUCAUCCGACAGCUACGUUUUGACGUCAGAGCAGAUUGCUUCUGGAACGACGGAAGCACCCAACUCGAUAAUAGAGAGCCCACAGAUCCAGGAAGACGUUCCUUUUGUCGAGAUGUUAGGCGAAAUUAGGCUCCAACCCGACGAACUGUUCGGACCCUCCAUCAAAGCUCCAUCACAAGAUAGGCUGCCGACACCAGAGGUUCAUACUCGUGGUACACUCAGCUAUAUUGAACAUGAAAUCCAAGACGGCUAUCUUGAGCCCAUUAUCAGCCACGUUAUCCAUCCAUCAUCUGCUGGACCUUCCGGUGAAGAGAGAAAAGAGGAGAGUGCUGCUAGAUUGAUGGUUGUUUCCCUUCACUCUUGCGGAAACCUUGUUCAUCAUGGUAUCCGAUCUCUCGUUGUGAACCCUUCGAUUGUGGCCGUCGCUAUGAUCGGUUGUUGCUACAAUUUGUUGACUGAACGCCUCGGUCCAUCCACCUGUGACCUCCCUAUCAUUCAAUCUCUCCACCCUCGACUGGAAGAGACUGGCACAUCAUACGACCCGCACGGAUUUCCCAUGUCUAAAUACUACGAGAAUUACCAAAGUCCGGGCGCAACGACCGGCAUGAAGCUUAACAUUACAGCCCGCGCAUUAGCCGUUCAAGCCCCAUACAACUGGGGCUACAAUGACAGUGAAAUGUCCUUUACCCGUCAUUUUUUCCGUGCCCUGCUACAACGUAUUCUCGUCGAUCGCAGCGUUCUUCCCAGCCACUCUAUUCCAGGAGACGCAGCGAACUCGAUCAUCCUUGGCAAAUUGCCCAAAUCCGCCUUUCAAUCUUUUACUGCAUAUUUUCGCGCUGCGACUAUCAAGAUGAGUCGAGACCCGAUAUAUGGUUCUCGAGUGCAGGAGCAGAUUGCUACCCUGACUGAUGAGGACAUUCACUGCUAUGAAAAUCAAUACCAACCGGCAAGGAAACAUUUAAGUAUCGUGUGGAGCUUAAUGGCCUUCAGCUCUCAGCUCGUUGAGGCUAUCAUUGUCGUGGAUCGGUGGCAAUUUCUUCGUGAGCAGGACUCGAUCAAAGAUUGCUGGGUCCAGCCGGUGUUUGACUACAGCCUAAGUCCGCGAAACCUGGCGGUCAUUGGACUGAAGAAAUAAUAGAUAUAGACAGGGAAGAGAUAUUUUAUGUUCGUGAUACCCAAUGAGGACAUCUUCAGUUUAAACAAAGUCUUCACUCGCUAUUCGCUCAAUCGGCAUGGCAGUGCGCUGUCCAACAUUUCUUUUCUUCUCGUCUCUCAAACAAUAAAUAGAAUUUCGCCUAGUUACUAACAUCUCUGUAGGUUGGUAGAUAGUUGAACAAAUCAUUCUUUGUUUGGACAUUGUCCAUCUGGAAAUCGAGUAUAACCGAGUAUUGUCGUGAUAUCCCCGUUAGCUUCCAGAGAUUCAUAGGCUAUUCACACGGCAUACGAGCUAAUAUUUAAAUUCAAAGAGUAUUUACG